AUGCUUUGCAAUCCAAUGGUCCUCGCUGACAUGCAUCUAUCAAUUAUACUUUGGUCUCUGGUCGUUUUCCCCGUGUUUGUCUGUGCAUCAGACCAUGCAGCUUCCUUCGAAUGGUCAGAAUGGGGUGCCAAUGUCCUAAACAAUCGCUGGAGCCAGAGCAAAUCAGCGAUUGAUUCUUUCAAUGCUGGAAACCUCAAGGAAAGCUGUGUCCUCCAAUAUUUUAAAGGUGUCAGUGCACCCCCAGCCAUCUCUGGUGGUAUAGCAUACUUUCCAACUUGGGAUUGCCAGUUCGUGGCCCUUGAUUACGAAAAUUGUCAAGUUCUCUGGAACAUAAGUGUCGUGGACAUCGUUACAGGUUUUGCGCCGUUGACGGCUCUGCAAACAACUCUCACUGCAGCGGUCUCCAGGUCCACUCCUCAAAUCGAUGGCUCCAUACUUUACUUCACCACACUGGCACAUGCUCUUCUCGUCGCCAUAGACUAUCGUACAGGUGCCCUGCUUGCGGUCAUGCAAAUCAAUCCUCACGAACUUGCAACCCUUACCAUGAGCCCGACGUUCUAUAAGGGCAAGAUUUUUGUCGGUUCGUCGAGUCAGGAAGAAGCUGCGGCGGGGUUGGUUCCAGGAUAUUCAUGCUGUUCUUUGGUCGGGAACAUGGCUGCCAUAGAGUUCAACAAAGGCACACGAAACUUCAAUGUGAUAUGGAAUGUUAGCAUGAUCUUAGAAGGGCCAACCGUUCCUGGAUGGUCCGGAGUCGGGGUCUGGGGUAGCCAACUCUCGAUAGAUGAGUCUCGCUCGCAGGUCUUUGUGACCACAGGAAAUGUUUGCAGUGUGCCGCUGGAGUAUGAGUCCUGCCUCACCGACUCCGGAAGUAACAAUCAAUCAUGCCUCCCCAAUGGUGUGCUGCAAGAAGCUGUCAUUGCUUUCAAUAUCGAUACUGGUGCCAUCAGAUGGCUGCGCAUUGUUUCUCCACUGGAUGCUUGGACUUUGGCCUGUGGUCUCGCCACAGGAGGUACAUCUGUCCUGCACAACCCGGCUAUUUGUCCUGGUACGCCGGGUCCUGACGCCGACUUUGGCAUGGCCCCAACAUUUGUUCCUGGCUCGAAAUGGACACCAAACGGAUAA